ACUUUGGGUACAAAUACAUUGGUCAGCACUGUUUUUAUUCACAUAGUUACCUUGCCUGUGUCUACUCUCAUUCUUCAACGAUGAACGGAGUCCUUGCUGUAUUGGCCUGUAUGGUCGUCGUUACCGUUGCGAUGACAACCACCACAGCACCACACCAUCAUCAUGGACACCAUGGAACCCAUCCGCCACAUAUUGGGGAGGGCUUUGUCUUCAAGUACGACCAAAACUCGCAUCGUAUGGCUGUGGUCAGCCAUCAGCAGUGCUGGAUCUACAAUCCAAGUGAUGCCGAAAGGAGCACUAUCUCUGAUAUUCACGCUCUAAGGAACCUCGAGGUAAAGCUCAUCCAACUGAUUGACAAUACCCCGAUCGGCACGCCCAUGACACAUGACGAUCUCGCCCUUAUGAGUACCCCCCUCGCACACACCUGCAAAGCCGACUGGCCAAUAGUGUCUCUUAACUAACUGUAUAAAAAUGCUGCCACAUUAAAACGAUAAUUAUCCUGAAAUUUGA